AUGCAGUCCAUCCAGCAAAAGUGUCGCCCAAAGCACCAGGUCCUCGUGCUCAAGUGCUACCCGCGCACCAACAAGACCACAAUAGGCGUCAAGCCCAACUCGAGCGAGCUUAGCUACCUGCUGUUCUACCUCAUCUCCCGCAAGACCAAGAUCAACAAGGUCGGCGAAUUCCUUGAGAAGAAGACUGCCAGCGACGUCUGGCACCAGCGCAUCGGCAAUGUCCAGGUCACCCUCCAAAUCCUCGAGGCCCUGAUCGAGAAGAGCCCAAAGGACCUGCCCCUGUUCGCGAGAUUUGUCCUCAAAAUCCUCGACCUCAUCCUGCGUUCGAAUGACAUUACCCUGGUCGAGUCCUCCCUCCCCACCUUCGACGCUUUCUGCGCCAACCACGAUGCCUCCUCCCUGUUUGCCGACCAAGCCUACCUCCGCCAGUACGAGGCUGUCAUCCAGCAGUACGCGUCCCUGGCCUCGACACGAGAACAGCAGGGCAAAAACCAGCCGAGCAAGCCGGUCGCCGUGCGAUGGAGGAACGCCGGCCUCGAGGCCAUCAAGAGCGUCGCCUCUUCCGACGCCCUCUCCUCUGUUGCCGGCCGACAGCUUGAGGUUAUAGUGCCCAUGAUCCUGGAGAACCUGUGGACCGGCAAUGAGGAAUUCCUGGAUGUCUUGUUGCAGCGGGCCAACAUGGAGGAGAAGGUGAACACGGAUUCCCUGCUCAAGCGGAGGAACAGCAACGCGACGGUGCACACUACCGAGACCGGUGGGGACCCGAAUCCCAUCGCCCUCUCGGGCACGGCUGGCGAUGUCGACAAGUUGGCCGAGGAGGAGACGGGUGUCCUGGCUAUUCAGUGCCUGAAGCAGAUCUUCGUCGUGCCCAACAGACAGCAGAUGCACACGGCCACCACGGCCUUGCUGAAGUUUAUCGAGGAGCGGGUCCAGCAGGAUGAGACGGUCGUCAGGACAAACAAUGGCCAGGACAGCGGUUGGGCGAUCCACCUUUUUGGACUUAUUUCGCGCUGGGCGCCAAUGCAGGAGCGGUACGUGAUUCUGGUCACCGCCAUGGACACCAUGAUUCGGAUACAGCUCAAGGAGGAGACGCUGCGGCAACAUAUCGUGCUGACGGCCAUGGUCGGGUCUCUGCUCCGGUCGGACGUGAACUUGAUAGGAUUGAGCGUGAUGGAUAUUAUGCUCGGUCUUGUCCAACACAUGAGGCGGCUGGUGCAGAUGCCCGGCGACCCGACCAGCGGCGCGAAGAAGGAGCUCCUUGGGCGCAUACAACAGACCAUGGGUGAUCUGGCAACCCACGUCUACUAUAACGAGCAGAUUAUCGACAUGGUCUCGGCUCUACUGCUUCGGCUGAAGCCAUCUAAGAAUGCGCCCAUGGCCAAUUCGACAGCCCCGGGCGAACAAACAGACACCGACACCAAAGCAUCCGAUGACCAGCACUCGGAGUCGCCUUUCUUCCUCACUAUUGCCAAGCUCACAGCUUUGAGGGCAGUCAAGGGCAUCCUGAAGAUCGCCAACCCCAAGGUGAAAAUGAGCGGCAGCAUCAGCCUCUCCAGAUACCCGGUGCCCAUUGAGAAGUGGGAGGGCACGCAGUGGUUGCUCAGGGACGCGGACGGGGAGGUCCGAAAAGCCUACGUGGACGCGCUGCUGACCUGGCUGGAUCGAGAGACCAAGAAGACAGACCUGAUUGCGAAAGACGACCUGCGAGCUGGCCUACAACCUGACCCUGCCAGCCCGACCGACGCACGACGCGCCCGGUCAGCUGCCUCUUACCGCGAACGACCAUCCAAGAAGUUCAAGAGCAGAUUCCUGCAUCUUUUGCACAUUGCCAUCUAUGACAACGCCCUGCAGUAUCUGGACUUUGACUCCGAUGUCGUUCUCCUUCACGUACUGCUUACGAAGCUCGUCAACCGCCUGGGGGUGAACGCAGUCCGUUUCGGUCUGCCCAUGGUCUUCCGGCUACAGGAAGACAUCCAAGAUGCCGAGACCCCACUGCAGAAGGUGCGCCUGGGCAGCUUGUGUCAUGGCUACUUCUGGGUUUUGACCGAGAAGUUUGACUUUGACGCCUCCUUCGUCGGGCGCGCGAUUCAAAACGAGAUCAUCAGACGGAGGACAAAGCAACUCUGGGUCGACGGCGUGCAGGUUCCAGCACCACCGUUGGAAAAGUGUGGGAUGCCCGGCGUGGUCACGCAGCAAUCUAAGAUAUCGCAGCAAGAGGCAGAGUCCGAGGCACUACUGCCCUUUGACGACCGCCUAUCGCUCGUCGACUGCAUCUGCACGAGCUACCAGGAGGCAACACUGUCACCACCAACUAGCCCGGCCGGGUCUCCUGGACGCACGUUCUCGCAACCUAUUCUCAGCGCCACGGGAAGCAUGUAUUCACCGACCGAGAACGAAAGGGAGAUCCCAGCGAGCUUUAAGGAGGCGAUGCUGUUUGACUGGUCCCGCGAAGCUGCCAUAGCAACCGUGCAAGCCGCUAGUAAGUCGGCCUCGCUCAACGGUUCCCGUGCUGGGACAAGCGGGACCCACCGCAACCGCCUCGGUCUUAAUGGCGCGCUGGCGAACGGGCACAAGGAUUAUGGUCAGCACACGCCUGCCGGUAGCAACCACGACGUCCGGCCACGGUCCCAGCCCGCGCCGGACGGGGGACGUCUUGCGCCUCUGCAGGCGAGGGCGAGGAAGAGUAGUGUCCGCAGUGGUCUGUCGCGAAACCCUGACGGAAUGUCGACCCCAGACGAGGGCACCACCUCCGUCAGCCAGAUGAAGAAGAUUCUUUCCGGUGAGAUGCCCGCCCCGCCUUUGACGGCUGGCGCGCGCGAGGUCAGCAGCAGUGAGGACAGCCUCGUUAGCUACGACAUGUCAGCCUCGGAGAUGUCUUUCAACCCACCACCUGCCACGGCGCAGUCAUCGGGCGCCCCGACCGAUACUUCCUCACCUGCACAUACGCGAACGCGGUCCAUGUCUCAGGGUCGCGAACGUAAAGGCUCGGAUGGCGCCUCCCUGGGCCCGCUCAACUCCAACCCCCCGAGCGAGUCCGGGCCGAUCCUAGACGAGGAGGAGGAUAGCGAGGGCGUCCCGCCCGUCCCUCCUCUGCCCUCCGGCUUGGACGGGGCCCCACAUCCUGCUCCGCAGACCGCCACCAAGGACUACGCGACCUCGCUCGAGUUUGGCUCGCCGAAGUCCCUGCCACCCCUGAGGAACCCCAAGCAGCGGAGCGUCAAGAGCAGGGGCGGAGACACGGUCCGGUCGUCGACAUGGGGUAGCAUCCACUCGCGGGAUGAGGCGCUGCCGACCAUGGACCUGCAGUCGUUGCUCAAGGGGAUCGACUCGCGUGUGGGAGAGGGCAGCCUUGGGAACGUCAGCCGGCCACCUUACUAG